CUCGUACCUCGAGAGUUUUCAUAUGAUAAAGUUGACGUUGAUUUUUUUCCAAUUUCUGUCAUUCGCGUCUUCAAGUUAGUAUGAAAUACAGCAAUCAAUUUUUCCUAGUGCUUGCUCUAUCGCUACUGUUCGCCUCCCAUGUCUCAGGAAACAAAACAGUUCUGCGAAGUGAAGUUGGAUCAUCUUCCAGACGAUGUAUUGUUCGCCAUUUUAUCUUUCUGUAGUGUGAAAACUUUACUUUCUCUGUCCUGUGUGAGCCGAAAUCUUAACAGAGUAGCUAGUCAUGACGUAGUAUGGCGACGAAUUAGUAAACGGUGCAUCAAUGUGAAGAAAUCAGACAAAAAUGGCGAGAGCUGGAAAUACUUGUGCCAUGUGUCUAUUAACUGGACAAGAGGAUACUGUAAAGAUAGAUGUAUGCUAAAAUUUAAAACUAAAUUUAUGCCUAGCCUGUAUCUAAGAAGGACAAAGGAACUGUUUGUAGCACAAGGCCCAGAAGUCAUGUUAUACUACAAUAUAAAAAGGAAUGGUCCAAUAUCACUUUGGCAACAGCAAAUGAUAUUUAAAGGACAUAAGUGUGAUGUCAAUCACUUUGUUUGCCGUGGCGACCAGUUGAUAAGUUGUGGUGAAGAUAAAACACUGCGUACAUGGUUUAUGCCUACAGGGUAUUGUGAUGGUAUAUACGCUGGUCAUUCUGGUAGUAUUCAUGGUGUUGAUGGAUAUGGUGAUAUUAUGGUAUCAGGUGGAAGGGACAAAACAAUUAAARUUUGGUCCCAGAAUACUAAGGAAUGUCUUCAUACUAUUAACAUACAAGAUCAUAUUUGGUGUGUAGGAAUGAAUCCAGUCACAAGUACUGUUGUAAGUGGUUCAGCUGGAUACUCCAACGAUGUUCCUGCUCUUCAGUUGUGGAGUUUGACAAAUGGUGCAUUGGUGACAAAUUUGGAACCAGAAUGCCAUCGUUUGGGUGCAGGAGUGUUAUCAGUACUAUGGGAAUCCCCCUUCACUUUUCUUUCAUGUGGAUAUGAUACUUAUAUCAGAUACUGGGAUACGAGAGUUAACACAAGGUGUGCGUGUGUGUUAAAAUGGGAAGAUCCACAUGAUUCUACUGUGUAUUGUAUUGAUUCAGACAGACAGUGGAUGGUUGUCGGUGGAACCUGCAGAUAUGGAGUGGUAAGAGUAUGGGACAAGCGUGCCAGAAAGAGUUUAAGGGUAACUAAAAAUAGUCGUUCUACGCUGGUCGUUCUUCCCAGAGUCCUGUUUACUCGCUUCAGUUUGACAGAACGUCUUUAUACGUGGCUCUUGACAAUGGAGUUCGAAAUUUGGAUUUUUCCGUUUGACAGUGCAUUGAUUUUAUGACUUACGUUUACCAUACUUUCAAAUAUUUGUUGAAAAACYUUACCCUUUAUCAAGUUUGGCGCGACGAUAGUGUGAUGUGAAACAUGAAUAAUCCAGUUUCGAAUUCUCCAAUGCUCUGUGUUAGCCUCAUUUGUGCGCAAAAUAUUCCUAAUUGCGAGAAUAAAAGUGUGAGAUUUCAAUUCAAUUCUAUUCUCUUUCUUUUCGAAUUCCAUGCUUUUUCUCGAGCUAUCAAUGAAACAAAAGAAUAUGAUACUUGGUUUUGAGGCUAACACAGARCAAACCAGAACUCGAAAUUGUAGUAUCCGAGCUUUGUCUGUUCUUUCGUUCCUAUGGCCUUCAUAACACUUUCAUUCAAGGUCUACCAAAUUUCCAAUUGCAUAAAGGAAAUGGGGACGGCAUUGGCUCGGGYUUUGUCCCACGAGGGGUUUUGUUAAAAAGUUGUACAUGUUAGGGAGAGAUUUGCAGUUUUACAAUUCAGUAAGCGUAGUCAACGUAUUGUAUAUACUAAUUUAAGUGCGUGAUUUUAUAAUAAAAGCGUUGCUAAUCUA